AUGAGGGCCACGUUCCUGGUGCUGCUCCUCUGGGCCGUAGCCUGCGCUCACCCCGUGCCUGGCCGUGAGCCCGCCCGCCUCCGUCGCAGUGCCCAGCAGGAGGACACAGCAAGUGAAGAUUACCUCAACAAGCUGGGCAACCUUCUGGGUGGUGGAGAUGGCAGACAUCCUCCUGCCAGUGCAGAGAGAGGGGACAAUGCCCUUGCCGGGGACCCGGCAGGUGGGAAUGCCGUGGGUGAGGAGCUGGGUGAGCAUGGUGGCCGAGAGAAGGGAGACAGAGUUGAGGACACUCAGCGCCUGAACUGGGUGGACCACAAGGACACAAGCGCCCGGGAUGGGAACAGCCUUGGUUUCCUGGAGGAGGAUGCACGUGAUGCUGAUGAUGGUGACAACGGAGAGCACCGUGGCACUGGAGUCAAUGGGCUUCCCUCCCAUGCUGGCGGGCUCCUGGAUGAGGAGGAUGACAGCGGGGAUGACACCUUUGAUAUGAAUGGGGAAGAGGAGGGGAGUGAAGGUCCUACUUACAUAGCUGGUGCCGAUGGGGUAGGCGAACGUGACCAUGAUGCUGGCCGUGGGGACGCCGGGGCUGGCAGAGGGCACGGAGACAGCAGCAGCAGUAGCAGCAGCGAGAGCACUGGGUCGGACCACUGGCAGUACAGGAACUACCUCAGCAGCCGGUAUGAGCGGACCUACAGGCAGGGAGGGGGCAGUAGCAGCAGCCAGGAGGAGGAGAGUUACGACUUUGAGGACGAAGCCAUGCAGGGUGACGACCCCUCCAUCUUCGAUGGCCCGGGCAGCAGCUACAAGGGGCGCCGUGCUGGCCCCCACGCGCUGGGGAGCAGCAGAGAGAGUGGCUGGGGGGCUGGCUCCCGCCGCUGGGAGGAUGGUGACAGCAAGUCCCCAGAGGUGGAGGACACUGACUCGGGAGAAGACAGCCUGUCCACAGAGGACAACAGUCAGUCAGAAGAGCCUGUCACCAGCCAGUCAGAGGAAAAGAGUGCCAGCCGCUCCGAGGAGGACAACCCCUCCAUGGAGGACGACGGCAGCAAGUCCAGGGACGGCACUGACGAAGAGUCAGAUGAAGAGCCGGGAGAGUCCCUGGAGGACAUCUCCCAGGAACUGGUGAGCACGUCCAGCGAGCGCAGUGGUAGCCAGUCCCAGGAAGGGCAGGAGGACCGGGAGUCUGCCGAGGACAGGAGUGCACCAUCACCAUCACCUGACAGUGAGUCCAGGGAAGACGAGGGCGACCAGAGCCAGUCCGCAGAGGACACCGUGGAGCAGUCAAAGGAGGAUGAGAAUGACUCUGACCCUGAUGGGGACAUGCCAAGCACAUCAGCAGAGAGCCAGAGCGCAUCACCGGAAGAUGACGGCAGUCAAGAGGAUAACGUAGGCGAGGACAGCAGGUCCACAGAGAGCAACAACAGCGAGUCCCAGGAGGACGAUGAUGAUGAUAACGACGAGAGCCACUCCCAGGAGGAUGCCACCCGUGAGUCCAGCAGCCGUGGGGAUGACAGCUCGCUGCAGAGCCUGGAGAGCAGGAGCCGCAAAAGGCGGCCGGGUGCCUACCACAACAAGCCUGCUGCUGACUACGAUGACAACGACUGCCAGGAUGGGUACUGA